AUGGCCAGAGUUCACCGCCAGGUCCUGUUCACUACCGUGGGAUGGUUUGUUGGCUAUUACCUUGUGAAACGGGCGGAUUACAUACAUGCCAAACUGGACAGAGAGUUGUUUGAGUACGUCAGGCACCACCCCGAAGACUUUAAGAGAGCAGAAAGGAAAAGAAUAGGAGAACUUAUGGAGGAUUUCUACCCAGUUCGCUGA